AUGGAAUCGCAAAGCGGUUGUAAAUUCCCAACCAACCAUUGUAAUAUCGGUUUCCAACUCGAAGUUUGCGAUCCACAUCACUCGGAGAUGAUACAACAACAACGCAUACUGCAACUCUUAGUCGGAUUCCUCACCGGCACGGCGUUUCAACCACUAGCCGCUGUUAUCAUUCGACGAGUCGACGACAUUCUGUUAGGCGUUGAAAUUGGAAACUUAUACCGAGAAUGA